AUGUUAUGGAGAAAUAUCUCUCGAUGCCUGCUUCCCCAAGCGAAGUACACUUCCUUCACAGUCCAGUCAACAUACACCCUUUCCCUCGGGAAACGCUCUGCACCCUGGGGGGAGGAGAAGAGAAUGCCGACACUGCUCAUUGAUGCACCGAAACCAGAGGCGCUGUCAUGUGGAACAGGACAACCCGCCCAGCGUGGACGUCGAAAGCCGUUAGUAUGGAAGCGAAGACACCCAUGGUUUGACAGGCAGUGGUCCUUGGAUCUGAAGCGUGUGAAGAAGGGACCCUCAACUCCCCAAUUCCCAGAAGGUGUGCCCUUCACGCAAAUAAGGUCGUUUCAAUCCUUUGCGGGGAGAUCAUGGAAAAUUAAUGCCGGCCGCCGGAGGAAGAUCCGGCUUUCACUUAAGCGGGGACGUCGGAAGCUGUUGUGA